GUGAAAGCACUCGGAUCAGGAACGACGGGCCUCGUGGAAUCAAGAGAGUCUCGGUUUGCUUGCUGCGAGACGUUUUUCAUUUUGUUGUCGUUUUCCGUUUUUCUGCUAAAACAUUCAGAAUGAUGUUUCAGGUCAACAUAGUCUAUAACAAAAUGAACAAAAUUUUCUCUUACAGUGUCAGAUUCAGAGGUGAAGUUUAACAACACAACCAUCUUAGAACUAAAGAAGAAACUCAGACAUCGGAUCCCUGGAGCACCUGACCCACACUUUUUAGGGCUGAUGUUUGUGGGGAUCUAUCUCGAAGAACAACGCACUCUUCAGGAUUAUGGAAUUAAACAUUUAAGUCAUCUUCUCUUGGUGAUGAAAAUGUCUGGUGGAGGCCCUCCUCCUCCCGAUGAACGAUUCCCCAGAUCUGAAUCCAUGGAAAGAUUGAGUUUCAGUAUGUAGAUGUAUUAGUGUGUAGCCAUCCUUUCAGAUUUAGAGUUAUUUGAUAUGUAAUAUAUAAUAUGUAAAAAAGCUGCUUUUUAUUUCCAUAUAUUUUAAAAUGUAACUGAUGGCUGUGGUCAACCCUGAAUUUUCAGCAUCAUAGAUCAUAGCUUUUUUGAGCAGAAUCACUUCUGAAGGAUUGUGUGAAUGGUAACGUAUCUCUCCUUUCCCAUAAGUACAUUUUUAAUGAUAUCUACACAGAGUUUCUAAGGUACAUAAUAUUGAUCACAGUAAUUGUACCUUUCGGUGAUAUUGAAACAAUUUUUUUUAUUCUUUGAUUGUUCAUUUAGUAAAGCCUUUUGGUUUGGUACAUUUGAGCGGCUUUAAGUUUCAAUCAUUUUUGGUUUAGUAAUGCAAGAUGUACUUAUUCAGUUUGCAUCGAAUUUUAUUUUAAUAUUCGGGUUAAUUCUGGUCGUAAACGUAAAUGACUCAAAACAAAGCCGCUGUUUUCUGUGUUUCAAAAAUAAUUUUGGGUGUAUUGUAAAUGUAUAAGAUUUGUCAAAUGAAAAGCUGGAAGAAGAAUUCGUAGUUUGUUGCAGAAAUAAAAAUAAUAAUAAUAAUCAACGUUCGGCUGAAAGGCGGAGCCACGUGGUCACGUGACUGGACGAUCCAGGAAGUUCUCGACGCAGCUGAUUAAAAUUCAUGAGCUCGCCUCCGCCAUAGUAGUUAGUGAAGCGUUUAGCGUGAUUUAUCUUCAUGGCUGCUCUUUUAGUCAGAAAAUGCGUCGGUAUCUUCGAGUUCUGUUCGUCUGCACGCUAUUAGUCUUCUGCUCGCUGCUCUAUAUCUUUAAUCAACUCGUGUCUUCUCUGGAGAACGACAACCAUCUGAGGAAAGGCGCGCAGGAUGACAGAGGCUCUUUGUCUCCUGUCAGGUGUAAGUCAGACUCUGUCAGUCUUUGGGAACCGUACUGGAGAGUCAGCGAUGCUGUGUGUCCAAACCACUGUGUUACAGACUCGGCUCGUAGGUCUGCUCCUCACGAUCCGGUGGAGCUGGCGGUGGUGGCCUGCGGCUCCAGACUAGAAGAAACCCUCACCAUGCUCAAAUCUGCCGUCCUCUUCAGCCAAAGACAUUUGCACUUUCACAUUUUCACAGAAGAUGACCUCCUCGCUGGAUUCAGACGGGAGCUGGACUCGUGGCCUCGCAGAUAUCGCUCCGGGUUCAUCUACAGUCUUUAUCCCAUCACCUUCCCCGGAGAAAACUCCAGAGAGUGGAGGAGACUCUUCAAACCCUGCGCUUCUCAGAGACUCUUCCUCCCUCUGGUCCUGGAGACCGUGGACUCUCUGCUCUACGUGGACACUGAUGUGUUGUUCCUGCGGCCGGUGGAGGACGUCUGGAGGUUUCUGAGUCUCUUCAACAGCAGUCAUCUGGCAGCGAUGGCCCCGGAGCACGAGGAGCCGCGGAUGGGCUGGUAUAACCGCUUCGCUCGACACCCGUACUACGGCAGGACCGGCCUGAACUCAGGAGUCAUGCUGAUGAACAUGAGCCGCAUCAGACACACACACUUCAGGAACGACCUGUCAGCAGUGGAUCUGAAGUGGGCCGAUCUCCUGAUGCCUCUGUUACAGAAAUACAAGCUGAACAUCACCUGGGGAGACCAGGACCUGCUGAACAUCAUCUUCCAUCAUAACCCAGAGCGUCUGCUGCUGAUGGAGUGUCACUGGAACUAUCGUCCUGAUCACUGUAUCUACGGCAGCAACUGCAUCAGCGCCGAACACAACGGUGUUUACAUUCUCCACGGCAACCGCGGCGUUUACCAUGACGACAAGCAGCCCGCCUUCAGAGCCGUUUAUGACAUCAUCCAGCAGUUUGAUUUUGAUGAAGAUCCGGUGCGUGGUCUUCUUCAGCCGCUGGAGGAGAAGCUGAAGGUUGAUCAGACGUACUGCGGCCGAGCAGGACUCAUCUUCACCAGACGACUGCGUCAGAGCGUCACUGAUCUUCAGAACCGGCGCCGCAGCUCCAGACCAGCACGGCUCUGAUAUCAGCUCCAGAGCUUCCUCACCAUCAUCUGACACCAGUCUCCUGAUUCUCUCUCACUAGAGGACAGUCAUGAUGGGUAAAAACGUCUUAAUGCUGGAUUAGUUUGGUCUUUAGUCUUCUCGAGAUGUUCUCUGAUGGACUGGAGUGCUGUGGAUUGUUGAGACGUUUUUAUCAGACUCUCGUUCUGAUGGCACCCAUUCACUUUCAUUGGUGAGACGGUGAUAUUCAGACCUGUAAGUGAGUGUGUGUGUGUGUGUGUGUGUGUGAGACUGAGUGUGUGUGUGUGUGUGUGUGUGUGUGUGUGACUGA